AUAUUUUCCCUUGAUCCUCGCUCGUCUCUUUCCUGUGGCCCCUCCCUCUACCGUAUCAUCUCUUUAAAAUCUGGGGAACAUUCGGAGAACCCUUCCCGACUUAUAAUGCACUAAGUUUCCGUUUAGAACCAAAGUAGAUUAAUGUCAAGAGAUAACUGACUAGCUCCAAUUUAACGUACUUGUACAAAAGCUGUGGACGUUCUCCUUGAAACGUCUGUGACGGCGUCAUAUCCCUUCUGAGAUAUCAGCAGCUGUUGACUAUUUGAAUUGUGUAAUUGAUCCUUCAAAUAGUUGCCCACUAUGGCAGAAUCAAACAUCACUGUUCUUGGCGCUGGGGUCGUAGGGCUCACAACCGCAUUACUCCUGUCCAAGAAUCCCAACUACAAUGUCACUGUCGUUGCCAAGCAUAUGCCUGGUGAUUUUGACAUUGAGUAUACGUCGCCAUGGGCUGGCGCUAACAUGUUCCCGAUGGCUGCUCGCAAUACGCCCGCCAUGGAAUACGAGAAGAAUACUUGGCCUGAACUCGCUCACCUGGCCAAGAAUGUUCCUGAAGCAGGAAUACAUUUCCAAGAUACAAAAAUAUUCAACCGCAAAUCCGACGUUGGAUCAGAAACAGAAAAGUGGUUUGCAGAGCUGCUGGGCCCCAAUCCUUGGUUCAAGGAUGUUCUCCCUAAUGUGCACGAGCUCGACAAAUCUGAGCUCCCGUCGGGAUAUGACUCAGGAAAAGGCUUUACUACGGUGUGCAUUAACAUCCAGAUAUAUUUGCCCUGGCUUGCUUCACAGUGUUUGAAAAACGGAGUUGUUAUUAAACGUGGGAUUGUGUCCCAUAUUACAGAUGCAGCCAAUCUCCAUCAUUCUGGCAAGAAAGCCGACUUGGUGGUAAACUGCACCGGCUUGGGUGCGGCGAAGCUGGGCGGCGUUGAAGACAAAAACGUCAUACCUGUACGUGGUCAAAUCGUGCUUGUACGGAAUGACCCCGGGGGCAUGUAUGGUACAUCUGGAACAGAUGAUGGCGAAGCUGAAAAUACGUACAUUAUGAAGCGCGCCGGAGGUGGGGGCACGAUCCUGGGUGGAUGUUAUCAAAAAGGCAAUUGGGACUCACAGCCGGAUCCAAAUCUGGCCGUCCGGAUCAUGAAGAGAUGCGUCGAUCUGUGCCCAGCGCUGACGGGCGGGAAGGGCAUUGAAGCGCUGAGUGUCAUUCGGCACGGAGUAGGAUUGAGGCCGCUUCGAGUGAAUGGGGUUCGCUUAGAGAAAGAGAGCAUCCAGGGUCUUCGAGUUGUUCACAAUUAUGGACAUGCAGGGUUCGGAUACCAAGCCUCGUAUGGGUCUUCUCAGGUGGCAGUGAAGUUGGUUGAUGAGGCCUUGGCAGCUUCUCCCAAGCUAUAAGAUCAAAAAAGCUUGGAAUUUGAAUAUUUAUCAUAUAUCAUAGCAGAGCUUUCAUUGUUUCCUGGGGUAGUGUAAAGAUAGACA